UCCACCACCACCUCCCCGUCCACCUCCUCCUCCUCCACCACCACCUCCCCGUCCACCUCCUCCACCACCACCUCCUCCCCCUCCUCCACCACCUCACCACCCCUCCACCUCCACCACAGUUGUUGUGAGAGGAGCAGAGACCAGCCAGACUCUGACCGUCUCAUCACCAGACGACCCGAAGCUGUCGCUUCUCCCAUCCAAAUAAACAAAGGAUCCAUUUCAAGAUGUAUCCUCAGGGCCGACAUCCCGCACCUGGACAUGGUCAGCCGAGUCAGCCUGGGUUCAAGUUCACCGUAGCAGAGUCCUGCGACAGGAUCAAGGACGAGUUUCAGUUCCUGCAGGCCCAGUAUCACAGUCUUAAGGUGGAGUACGACAAGCUGUCCAAUGAGAAGACAGAGAUGCAACGUCACUAUGUCAUGUAUUACGAGAUGUCCUAUGGGCUCAACAUAGAGAUGCAGAAACAGACCGAGAUCGGCAAGCGGCUCAACGCGAUUCUAGCUCAAAUUAUGCCUUUCCUGUCACAAGAGCACCAACAGCAGGUAGCCCAGGCAGUAGACCGAGCUAAACAGGUCACCAUGACUGAGCUCAAUGCCACCAUCGGGGUACGUGGGCUUCCCAGUCUGCCCCUCACCCAGCAACAGCUCCAGGCUCAGCACCUGUCCCAUGCAGCCCACGGUGGUCCUCCCCUCCUGGCCGCCCACCCGUCCGGGCUCCAGCCUCCUGGGAUAAUCCCAGGGUCUGGGCUGCUGGCCCUCGGAGCUCUGGGGAGCCAGGCUAACCUCCCUGUUAAGGAUGAGAAGAAUCAUCACGACGUGGAACACAGAGCAGAGAGUACGAAUAACGUCUCCCCGACCGACAGCCUGAGAACAGCCAGUGAGAAACACAGCUCCUCCGACUACAGUCUGGACUCUAAGAAACGCAAAGUGGACGAGAAGGACAGUAUGAGCAGAUACGACAGUGAUGGAGAUAAGAGUGAUGACCUGGUCGUAGAUGUGUCCAAUGAGGACCCCGCUACCCCUCGGGCUAGCCCCGCUCACUCGCCCGAGGGGAACAGCAUCGGUAAGCCCCGCCCCCAGAAGGACACGCCCACCAGCCCCGCCUCUGUAGCGUCGUCCAGUAGCACGCCCUCCUCCAAGAACAAGGAAAACCAUAAUGACAAGUCAUCAAUGCCAGGCCUGAAGUCGACCACCCCCACCCCUCGUAGCGACGCCCCCACCCCAGGCACCUCCACCACUCCUGGGCUGCGGCCCAUCCUGGGCAAACCCCCUGGCAUGGAGGCUCUAGCUCUGAGGACUCCCCUGUACCCUCCCUUCGUUAUGAUGGGUCAUCAUCCUGAGAUGAACGGAGGUCUGACCAGCCCUGGCGUCUACGCUGGACUGCACGUCUCCCCUCAGAUGAGCGCUGCCGUUGCAGCGUACGGACGAACGCCCAUGGGAUUUGAUCCUCAUCCCCACAUGAGACCGGGUCUUCCAGCCAGUCUCACGUCGAUAUCUGGAGGAAAACCAGCCUACUCCUUCCACGUGAGUGCGGACGGCCAGAUGCAGCCGGUACCGUUCCCUCCGGACGCCCUGGUAGGCCCGGGGAUUCCCCGGCACGCCCGUCAGAUCAACACGCUGAGCCACGGCGAGGUGGUGUGUGCCGUCACCAUAUCCAACCCAACCAGACACGUCUACACAGGAGGGAAAGGCUGUGUCAAGAUCUGGGACAUCAGCCAACCGGGCAGCAAGAGUCCUGUCUCUCAACUAGACUGUCUGAACAGGGAUAACUACAUCCGUUCCUGUAAGCUGCUCCCUGACGGUCGUACCCUCAUCGUAGGAGGAGAGGCCAGUACUUUAACCAUCUGGGAUCUGGCCUCCCAGACGCCUCGUAUCAAGGCUGAGCUGACGUCCUCCGCCCCGGCCUGCUACGCCCUCGCCAUCUCCCCAGACGCCAAGGUCUGUUUCUCCUGUUGCAGCGAUGGGAACAUCGCCGUCUGGGACCUGCACAACCAGACUCUCGUCAGACAGUUCCAGGGCCAUACGGACGGGGCCAGCUGUAUAGAUAUCUCUCACGAUGGGACCAAGCUGUGGACAGGAGGUCUGGAUAACACGGUACGCUCCUGGGACCUGAGAGAAGGACGACAACUACAGCAGCACGACUUCACCUCACAGAUCUUCUCUCUAGGAUACUGUCCGACGGGGGAAUGGUUGGCUGUAGGGAUGGAGAGCAGUAAUGUAGAGGUCCUUCACCACACCAAGCCUGACAAAUACCAGCUACAUCUCCACGAGAGCUGUGUCCUCUCCCUCAAGUUCGCUAACUGCGGUAAAUGGUUUGUGUCUACAGGGAAGGACAACCUGCUGAAUGCCUGGAGGACUCCAUAUGGAGCCAGUAUAUUCCAGUCGAAGGAGUCUUCGUCAGUCCUGAGCUGUGACAUCUCAGCAGACGACAAGUACAUCGUCACAGGCUCCGGGGACAAGAAGGCUACUGUCUACGAGGUCAUCUACUAGAGACAGACACACAGACGGACAGGACAGAUGGGAUUAUGGUGGAGUGGAGGACCUCAAAUGGGAUUAUGGUGGAUUGGAGAACCUCAGAUGGGAUUAUGGUGGAGUGGAGGACCUCAAAUGGGAUUAUGGUGGAUUGAAGAACCUCAAAUGGGAUUAUGGUGGAGUAGAGGACCUCAAAUGGGAUUAUGGUGGAGUGGAGAACCUCAAAUGGGAUUAUGGUGGAGUAGAGCACCUCAAAUGGGAUUAUGGUGGAUUGGAGAACCUCAGAUGGGAUUAUGGUGGAGUAGAGGACCUCCUUCCUCCCUCACAGAGACAGACAUCCUGGAUGUGAUGUUGGCGUUCUGGAGUCUGCUGGCCCACA